AUAUUAUGGUGCAAGUUUUAAAAUGAGUUUGCAUGGUCUUUACAAGGCCUUGAAAGUGGAUAAAGAAGAAGAUAAAAAAAAGAGAAAGUAUGGAAUAUUAUGAAAAUCAUGUUUCCGCUAUCUCCGGUCACUCAGCUCACCGUUCCAUCAAAUCCCAAAAGAGUCACUCGAAAACCUCUAAUCUACCCAAUGGUCUAAUUCCUCACCGCAAAUAACCAGAAAUCCAAGAAGAGGUCAACUGCAGUCUUGUGAGAUAAUAGUAUGAAAAAUGUACAGAACUUGGGCUGUAGAACUAUUAAAAGAAAGAAGAAAUUUAAGAAAAGGAAAAAGAAAAAGAGGAGAGUUGCUAGAGAUAAAAUAUUAGAUGAAAGUUUUAACUGACUCAAAGAAAAUAUGGACGAAUCAAUUAAUAUGAUACCCAUAGAAGAUUCUCCUAAACUCUAAACACUCCCAAUUUCCACCCAAAGCCAGUUAGGAACUGAAGAGUUAGGGCUCCCACAUUCGGCUUGAAAAAGAAGGAGGAUCAAUUGUUCAAAGAGAUCAAGGCCAUCAAAAGAGGGUCUUAUGGUAAAGGAGAGUCCUUCAGAAACCAACUGGGUUUCUAUCCUGAUAAAAGGAACUCAGACUCCAAGAAUGCAAAGGCCCUUAAAACCCUUCACAUAAUCUCUACCAGAAGAGAUAGUGAUGACAUAGUGAGACAUUUCAGUGAUUCUCCUUCCAAGCCAAGCUCUCCAAAGACCCUCCAGAAGGCCUCCUCCCUCCUAUCCUUCAUCUGUGAGGAAGAAGAGCACAAUAAGUCCAAAACUUCAGAGGAAAUCUCAAAUCAAAAUUCUAACAAAAUACAAAACCCUCUAAAUAUACUGAACGCUCCAUUAAUGACAACUAACCACAAAAAGAAUCUCACCAAACCAUACACCCCCAAAUCAAACCCUCUAUCCCAAUUCCACCCAAUUCGAAGAAAUACUCAAAUUCCUAUAUAAAACACCCCAAAAC